AUGACUGACUUAGCUUCAACAAAUGAAGAGGACAAAGAUCCUGACAUUGAACUUUUUGUAAGGGCAGGCAGUGAUGGAGAGAGCAUUGGAAACUGUCCCUUUUCUCAGAGACUCUUCAUGAUCCUUUGGCUGAAAGGUGUUGUCUUUAAUGUCACCACUGUGGACCUGAAAAGGAAACCAGCAGACCUCCAUAACUUGGCCCCAGGGACGCAUCCACCUUUCCUAACCUUUAAUGGGGAAGUUAGAACUGACGUCAAUAAGAUUGAGGAGUUCCUGGAAGAAAUGCUUGCACCUCCAAAGUAUCCCAAACUGGCUGCAAAGAACAGGGAGUCAAAUACAGCAGGGAAUGACAUUUUUGCUAAGUUCUCAGCAUAUGUUAAAAAUACAAAACCAGAGGCCAAUGCAAGUCUGGAGAGGGGACUGCUCAAAGCCUUAAAGAAACUGGAUGACUUCUUAAACACUCCUCUCCCUGAUGAAAUUGAUGCAGAUAGCAUGGAGGAAGUGAAGUGUUCCACUCGCAAGUACCUGGAUGGAAAUGAACUGACACUGACUGACUGCAACCUUCUACCCAAGCUGCAUGUUGUCAAGGUAGUUGCAAAGAAAUAUCGUAACUUUGAGAUACCUGCUGAAAUGACUGGAGUAUGGAGAUAUUUACAGAAUGCCUAUGCCCGAGAUGAGUUCACCAAUACCUGUGCUGCAAAUAAGGAGAUAGAACUGGCCUAUCAGGAUGUGGCCAAGAGGCUUGCUAAGUGA